UCCUCUUCAAAGAAUUAAAUAAUAAUCUGAAUAAUCCAGAUUAACUGAACAUGAUGAUGCGUAAUCAGAGGGACUGUCGUUCUGUUGGACUGGACUCAGAACCAGCAGGUGGUUAGAACCUGUUGAUGACAUCAGAUGGUGUUGUUGCAGCAUCACCUGGACAGGUGUAGGUCAAAGUUUACUUCGGUUCUUUGAUGCCAGCAGGAAGGGAGUCACUGGAAGUUUCUAGAACAAUAAUGACACUGGGCUUUUAUUGUGAAGGGCCGGCUUCCGGUGCAGCAGCCCACCUGCACGCACCUUGACGCAGCUCAGAGGCCAGUCGGCAUGACAACGCGCUCUCCAGGGCAAACCGGGAACAGCUGAUGGAGGAGGAGGAUGGCAGCUCAGCAUGUCCAGUAACGGAACCCGCGCAGACAGCAGAACCGCCGCCGGUUCGGUCCAGCUGCCGGCCAUGGAGAGAGCGCGGCCCAUCACGGUGAAGGUGUCCGCGGUGAGCCUGGCGCUCAGCUCGCUGUCCCUGCUGCUGCUGGUCACCGCCAUCUCCACCGACCACUGGUACCAGACCGACACCCGCAGGCACAAGCAGAACUGCGACGGUUCCGACUCCAACGACCAGAAGAACCGGGAGAUGCCCAUCUACCACCUGCCGCUGGUGGACACCGGCGGCGCCGCGGCCCGGCAGCGGGACGUGGCGCUGAUGAAGCCCGUGCAUGUGGGCAGCAGGGAGGAGGAGCUGCUGGAGAACUGGCGGGCCAUCCUGGGGAUGGGCAUCCUGGAGACGGAGUGCGGCAGGCCGCUGUUCUCCACGCACUCCGGCCUCUGGAGGAAAUGCUACUUCAAGGGAUUGGACCCGGACAUCGACAAGCUGAUCGACCGGGGUAUCGCAGAUCGCUGCACGGCUGUGAAGUACCACUUCUCUCAGCCAAUCAGAUUAAGGAACAUCCCUCUGAACCUGACCAGGACCAUCCAGCAGGACGAGUGGCACCUGCUGCAUCUGCGGCGCAUCACGGCGGGCUUCCUGGGCAUGGCGGCCGCCGUCCUGCUGUGCGGCAGCAUCGUGGCGUCGGUCGGCUUCUUCUGGGAGGAGAGUCUGACGCAGCACGUCUCCGGCCUGCUCUUCCUUAUGGCAGGGAUCUUCUGCACCAUUUCUCUGUGCACGUAUGCAGCCAGCGUGACCUACGACCUCUCCAGGAAUCCGCCCUUCAUCUAUGGUCUCCCGUCCGACGUGGACCACGGCUACGGCUGGUCCAUCUGCUGCGCCUGGGCCAGCCUGGGUCUGACCGUCGCCUCCGGCUGCCUCGGAACCGCCUUCCCUUUCCUCAGCCGGGCCGGCGCGCUCCGAUCCAAAACGGCCCGUGAAUCCUCCGUGUGAGCCGCCGGUACCGGCUGUGCGACUUUGGACCUCAGGUGGACAGACUCACCUGUCUGUAGAUCCUUUGUGUAGGUAGCGCCCCCUGGUGGAGGUGAACUAAGGAAGUGUUAACUGAAUCCAGUUGGGCUCUGACCACUGCAAAUUUUCAGGUGUUCUGCUAUGACAUCACAGGUGGGCGUGGCCACACGGACCGCUGCUCCUCACAGUUUCUCCUGAGAGUUUUAUUUUGGAGGAUGAGGAAUGUUUUUCAUUCCACUGGGCUCCCCACUGCCCAGGUCUGGACUUGUUGAAAAUCACAGCUUGUUAACGUCUCUGGACUCGUUAAGAUCUCUGAACUAGUUAACGUCUCUGGACUCGUUAAGAUCUCUGGACUCGUUAACGUCUCUGGACUAGUUAAUAUCUCUGGACUAGUUAAUAUCUCUGGACUAGUUAACGUCUCUGGACUAGUUAAUGUCUCUGGACUCGUUAACGUCUCUGGACUCGUUAACGUCUCUGGACUAGUUAACGUCUCUGGACUAGUUAACGUCUCUGGACUCGUUAAAAUCUCUGGACACAUUAACUUGACUUGUUAACAUCUCUGGACUCGUUAACAUCUCUGAACUAGUUAACGUCUCUGGACUCGUUAAGAUCACUGGACUCGUUAACGUCUCUGGACUAGUUAAUAUCUCUGGACUAGUUAACGUCUCUGGACUAGUUAAUGUCUCUGGACUCGUUAACAUCUCUAGACUAGUUAAUGUCUCUGGACUAGUUAAUAUCUCUGGACUCGUUAACAUAUCUGGACUCGUUAAGAUCUCUGGACUAGUUAACGUCUCUGGACUCGUUAAAAUCUCUGGACACAUUAACUUGACUCGUUAACAUCUCUGGACUCGUUAACGUCUCUGGACUAGAUAGAUAGAUAGCAUUUAUUGUCAUUGAACAGAAUUCAACUAAAUUUCCAUUGCAGUUAGUCUAGUCACUAGUCACUAGUUAAUAUCUCUGGACUAGUUAACGUCUCUGGACUCGUUAACGUCUCUGGACUAGUUAACGUCUCUGGACUAGUUAAUAUCUCUGGACUCGUUAAGAUCUCUGGACUAGUUAACGUCUCUGGACUCGUUAACGUCUCUGGACUCGUUAACGUCUCUGGAUUAGUUAACAUCUCUAGACUAGUUAAUGUCCCUGGACUCGUUAACGUUUCUGGACUCGUUAACGUCUCUGGACUCGUUAACAUCUCUGGACUCGUUAAUGUUUCUGGACUCGUUAACGUCUCUGGACUAGUUAAUGUCUCUGGACUCGUUAACGUCUCUGGACUCGUUAACGUCUCUGGACUAGUUAAUGUCUGGACUCGUUAACGUCUCUGGACUCGUUAACGUUUCUGGACUCGUUAAUGUUUCUGGACUCGUUAACGUCUCUGGACUCGUUAACGUCUCUGGACUAGUUAAUGUCUCUGGACUAGUUAAGAUCUGGACUCGUUAAUGUUUCUGGACUAGUUAAUGUCUCUGGACUAGUUAACAUCUGGACUCGUUAACGUCUCUGGACUAGUUAACAUCUGGACUCGCUAACGUCUCUGAACUCGUUAACCUCUCUGGACUCGUUAACGUCUCUGGACUAGUUAAUGUCUGGACUCGUUAACGUCUCUGGACUCAUUAAUGUUUCUGGACUCGUUAACGUCUCUGGACUCGUUAACGUCUCUGGACUAGUUAAUGUCUGGACUCGUUAACGUCUCUGGACUCGUUAAUGAUUCUGGACUCGCUAACGUCUCUGGACUCGUUCACGUCUCUGGACUCGUUAACGUCUCUGGACUAGUUAACAUCUGGACUCGUCUCUCAGCUUGAUAAAUUUGUGGAUUCCAGAUGUUUCUGCUCCAGGCCAUGUCAGGUGACUGCAGGUGAUCAUCUGAUUGGAUGAAACAAACGUCUCUACUGAGCGUGCUCAGAAGUUUCAGUCUGUAGGACGAACUGGGCCAGUGGUUGCUUAAGAACCGGACCUGCAGAACGGACCUGAAACUCUGCUGCUCCUGUCCAGAAUUCUGCUGCUUGGGUCCAGUUCCAUCAGAACGUGAAGGCGAGUCAAUUGGACCUUACCGGGUCAAUGGGUUAGUUGGUUCUGGUUGGAGAAGCCCAGAGAUUGGUUCUGUGAACGUUGGACCACAGCCUGGAUGUAAAUACUGUAAAUGUUCUGAUCUGGUAUUAUUCUGCAGCCAUGUUCUGAUAGUUCUUUUCAUUCAGCUACUGAGCCACAAACUGGAAGGAACCAACCGGACCGAACCAGUUUCCAGGUCAGAGAGUUUGUGGGUCAGAAAAAACAGAACCAGGUGCAUUUCACUGACCACCCUGGUUCUGCCUGAUCUAUGGCAGAAUCUGCUCCAGAACCCGGGUCUGGAUCCAGCUGCUUCCCAGAUGGAACUUCCUCAGAACCCGGUAUACCGGUCCAGUUCUGUUCCUGUGGAGCCGGGUCAGGAACUCCUGGAUCAGAACAAGAUGCCUCAAGUCCAUCUCAGCCGUCCAGGUUCCUGUCCUCAUUGCCCAGAGACUCUCUGACCUGUUAAUGUCAGCCGCAACCGAUCCCUUACAGAACCUUGUGCUGGGUUCUGCUGCCCCGCUGGGUUCUGCUGCCCCGCCGGGUUCUGGAGGUGCCUCUGUAUCCGCUGAUGUCAUUUUGAGAUGCAUCUGUAAAUAAACGAUGUAACGCCUC